AUGAUUAAUGUCAAAUCUACAACAGUGAAGCUGCUGUAUGCUGGACUGGAGAGUCCACACUGUAUACUAGAAACUCUUAGGCUGUCAGGCUGUCAGAUCACAGAGAAAGGCUGUGUUUCUCUGGCCUCAGCUCUGAGCUCCAACCCAUCCCAUCUGAGAGAGCUGGACCUGAGCUACAAUCAUCCAGGAGACUCGGGAGUGAGGCUGCUGUCUGCUGGACUGGAGGAUCCACACUGGAGACUGGACACUCUCAGGGUGAAGCCUGGUGGAGUCCGAUGCUUGAGACCGGAUCUGAGAAAGUAUUCCUGUGAACUCACACUCGACACAAACACAGUAUAUAGAGAGAUCAAACUGUCUGACAACAACAGGAAGGCAACACGUGUGAGGGAGGAUCAGUCAUAUCCUGAUCAUCCUGACCGCUUUGACUCCUGGCCUCAGCUGAUGUGUAGAAAUGGUCUGACUGGUCGCUGUUACUGGGAGGUUGAGUGGAGAGGAGCAGCUGAUUUAUCAGUGAGUUACAGAGGAAUCAGCAGGAAAGGAGGCAGUCAUGACGGAGGGUUUGGAUGGAAUGAUCAGUCCUGGAGUCUGAACUGCUCUUCUAGCGGUUACUCUGUCAGUCACAAUAAGACAGGAACAUCGUGCUCCCUAUCCUCCUCCUCCUCCUCCUCGUCCUCCUCCUCCUCUGGUAGAGUAGCAGUGUAUUUGGACUGUCCUGCUGGCACUCUGUCCUUCUACAGAGUCUCCUCUGACACACUGAUCCACCUCCACACCUUCAACACCACAUUCACUGAACCUCUAUAUCCUGGCUUUGGACUCUGGUCUGAUUCCUUCUCCGUGUCUCUGUGUUCUGUGUAGGACAGGGAGUCUCCUCUUGUUAAAGCAGUGGUUCUCAAACUUACAACCCCCUUCAGAGGCCAAAACAGGUUCAUGCCCCACCACCACAUAAACAGUAGAUUUAAUUUUAUUCAGUCAUAAACAACACAGGUGAUUGAAAAAAACAAGAUUCAGGUUAGCAAAAUAGCAUUGCUAGCAGCAGAGCACUUUUGUUGAUGUCAUUACAUGAAUCAUGUUCAUCCAACUUUAGGUCUGCUCAACAUCCAUGCCCCCCUUAAGUGGCUCUACCACCCCUAGUUUGAGAACCACUGUGGUAGAGAAACAUUCUCACUGCUGAACAGAUCAGUUGAGUCUGUACUAGGGGUGUGUAUGUUCACUGGUCUCAAGAUUCGAUUAGAUUGCAACUCGAUAUCUCGAUGCAUCACCUCUAGGGGAGGGAAUCUUUAGGCAUCUCGUUACGAUUAUGAGGCCUACAAUGCAAUUUUUAAACAAAUAGGAUGAAGAUGCAACUACUUAGUACUUUCAAACCAAAGUAUUUGUAAUUACCAACCAAGUAGUUAGUAAUGGCAUGUGGCUUUUUAAACAUUACUUAAAUAUAUAAAUAAAUGUAGCUAACGUUACAUGGUAUUAUAUUACAGUUUUAUUGCAUUAUUACAGCAAUAAAUUCUUACAGCAUUAUUACUGACCUGUUUUGUUGCUAUUUUAAUUUCUGAUGCAGCAAUCAUUAGUAUAGAUUCAAAUACGGGAUGAAUAACACACUUUACUAUGCUCCAGCCACACCAUGUUCACUCCACUUUAGUACAUCUGGGGGGUUUUUUGUCUUGUCUAGUGUAGUUAAAUGUUUGUGUCUUGUUAAGUUGAUUAUUGUAAUUUUGUUUUGAGCACUGGACCAUGAGAAACGGGAUUUCAUUCCUUUGUGCACUCAAUAUGUGAAUGAACGACACUAAACAAACUUGAACUAGCCACCACUAGCAGCUUCCAGACCGCAGUCUAACCAGACGUUAGCUAGCACUAACCGCCCUCACUUUUCAAGCAGUUGGAAAACAACAGACAGACUUUAAUUAACGGACACACUGUGACCUUCACUGUACAUUUACUGCCGGGCAUCAUUUUACUCUGCUCCACUUGCUUUCACUGUCACGUUCUGCCGCCUAUCACUUAGAUUGUGUCAUUUGAAGAAUGAGGAGAGGACGGUAGCCAGGCGUUACCGUGCUUGCACAAUCGGUAAAGUUAGUUGUGCAUUGAUAUUAAUGAUUGUGUGGAAUUUAAAUUGCUGCAAUCAUUCAUUGAACACAUUCAGUCUUUUACAGACACAGACAGUCAGGUGCUGCAUCACCAUUACGUUAUCAAUUAACAUUUAGAUAAUUGAUUUUUGACAUUUGUGAAUCGGUUCCGAAUCGUCCAAGUCCGCAUCCCAAUACAUCUAAGAAUAAAUUAUUUUUCACAUCCCUAGUCUGUACAGGAUCACAGUUCCAGAAAUCAGCUUCUUGUAAUAAAUUCAUCAAUGAACUUUGUACAAAGUGAUUAAAAGGGAUUAAACAGAUUUCUUAAUUUCCAUUGUAAACUUCUUCCACUUCCAGUCCUUUAAAGUCCUUUAAAGAUGGAUGCACUGAUCAUUAAAUGGUGGAAAUGCCAUUGACUUGGACCUUCUGUCAUGUGUUGCUUUGAAUU